AUGGCUUCACCUUCAAGCUCCGUGGAUGACGGGUUGCACUCCCUUAUUAACAUUCAUUCGGUAGAUUUUUUCAGGAGAAAUAAUAUUACACGAGCACAACAGGAUGUAGGAGAACAAGAAGAGGAGGGGCUUCAAUUGUCUGUUUUGGCUGCUUUGGUGACUGCUUUCAGGAAAUCUUUGGUGGGUUGUGGUGCAGCUGAAAACUGUAGGGAUGAAGAAUUAGUGGAAAUAGGGCGGCCUACUAAUGUCAGACAUGUUGCCCAUGUCACAUUUGAUAGGUUCAAUGGAUUUCUUGGACUCCCUCUCGAGUUUGAACCUGAAGUUCCCAGAAGGCCACCCAGUGCUAGUGCAAGAGUUUUUGGAGUUUCAAUAGAGUCUAUGCAGCUUUCUUUUGACACCAGAGGUAAUUGUGUGCCUACAAUACUUCUGAUGAUGCAAAGACACUUGUACUUCCAAGGUGGUUUGCUGGCAGAAGGAAUCUUCAGAAUUAACGCUGAGAAUGGCCAGGAAGAGUUUGUCAGGGAACAAUUAAAUAAUGGGAAGGUGCCAGACAAUAUUGAGGUUCAUUGUUUAGCAGGUCUCAUUAAGGCUUGGUUCAGAGAACUCCCGAGAGGAGUGUUGGACUCUCUCUCACCAGGCGAGGUUAUGCGGGCUCAAUCUGAAGAAGAGUGCACUCAGCUUUUACGGCUCCUUCCACCUACAGAUGCCGCUCUAUUGGAUUGGGCAAUUAACUUAAUGGCUGAUGUCGCUCAGCUUGAAGAUCUGAACAAAAUGAAUGCACGUAAUAUUGCCGUGGUUUUUGCACCAAAUAUGACGCAGAUGGCAGAUCCUUUCACAGCAUUGAUGUACGCAGUCCAAGUAAUGAACUUCCUAAGAACUCUGAUAGUCAAAAACUUGAGAGAAAGAGAAGAUCUUAUGGUACAAACUGAUACUGCUUCAAAGUUAGAGCCUUCUGAUGGAGAUAAUCGUGAUGGCACAUCUGAAUCAUUAAUUAACGCGACCAAUUGGGUAACUGCAGAGAACCAAUAUAAUGUGGCAGAAGUAUCACCGUCAAGAAAACCGCAGGGCAAAAUUUUGUCAAAAAUGGCAAGCUCCGAGGGAUUUCCAGCUGCUGAUGCAGAAAAAGAGUUGAAUCCAGGCCAGAACAAGGAUGUUCAGGUUGAUCCCAUUUCAUCAGAAGUUGCUGCCUCUAAGGAACAAUCUGAGGCUGAGGCAGCAAAGAAACAUAAACAAGACGAAAGGAAGGAUUGCCUACAAACAUUCAAAACUGCCAUCAUUGUAUCAGGAAUCAUCGUGGCUGCAGCCGGAGCACUUUUCGCUCUCACCAAAAAACUCAAACAGAAAUAA